GAGAGGCUAUUGAGGAGCUAUCGGAUUUAAGCGUGUAGACUUGGCGCGUGACCCUACGCGCUCGCCUGAAGUCCUACGUCCGGUCAAUACGCAUUGAACAAUGACAUUUGCAGCUCCACUCCCAGGCCCGUCACCAUGUGCCGCUCAGCUUCCGUCCCGCAUCCCCCGCCGACGCGACGAGUCCGGGGACACGCGCGUAUAUAUACUAGAGCGAGGGGACGUGCUAUCCCCACCCCCGCCCCCACCCCCGGAUCGCCAUGGCUCUCUCUCCGUCCAAGCUCGAGAAGAGUGAACAGUUCCACGAGAACAAGUCGGUCACCUCCGACAUCGACUUCAACGAGUACAGCGAUGAGGCAGCCAAGUACCACUUUGGCUUGAGGGGGAGGUCACUCACUGGCGCCAUCGCCUUCAUCGCCGCCACUGGUUUCACACUCUUCGGUUACGAUCAGGGCGUCAUGAGCGCGCUGCUGACCGCUCCAAAGUUCGUGGAGGUCUUCCCGGAGACCGGCGAAGAGACAGGCCCUGCCAAUCAUGCGACCUUGCAAAGUCUCCUCGUUGCCAUUUAUGAAAUCGGAUGCCUCAUCGGCGCGUUGGCAAACCUCUGGGUAGGUGACUACCUCGGUCGGCGUCGAACCAUCGUCGCUGGCGGUGUCAUCAUGAUCAUUGGUGCAAUCCUGCAAACGGCUUCCUACGGCUAUGCGCAGAUGAUCGUAGCGCGUAUUGUGACUGGGCUGGGCAACGGUCUGAACACCUCGACUGUACCCGCCUACCACUCUGAGCUCUCACCCGCGUCGAGUCGUGGAAGUCUUAUCAUGAUCGAGGGUACUCUCAUCGCAGGCGGUAUCAUGCUAUCAUACUGGAUUGACUUUGGAUGCUUCUUCGCUGGAUCGUCAUCGGCACAAUGGAGAGUCCCCAUCGCUCUUCAAAUCCUGCUUGCUCUGGUCAUGAUCAUUGGCAUCGAAUUCCUGCCCGAAUCCCCGCGUUGGCUCUACAAGGCCGGCCGCAAGGCUGAAGCCCUCGCUGUCAUUUCUGCGCUCGAGGACAAGCCUGUGACCGACGAGCAUGUCCGCACGACGUUCCGCGGUAUUCGCGAGGCCGUUGAGCUUGAGACACCUGGGACGGACAAGGAUGCAAAGGCUGAGCUCAAGGAGCUCUUCACGGGUGGCCCUGGCCAGAACUUCCGUCGUGUCUGCCUUGGCGUUGUUGUGCAGUGCUUCCAGCAGAUCACUGGUAUCAACCUCAUCACGUACUACGCGACGCUGCUCUUCGAGCGCCUUGGCCUGGCAGACGUCGAGUCUCGUAUUGUGGCCGCCUGCAAUGGCACGGAAUACUUCCUGAUCUCCAUCGUUGCUAUCUUCAUCAUCGACCGCAUUGGACGCCGAAAGCUGAUGUUGUUCGGCGCCACUGGCCAAUGCAUCACCAUGAUUUUGCUCGCCAUCCUCGGGUCGUUGAAGGACAACAACGCGGCGCAGAUCGUGUCCUGCGUGCUGCUCUUCGUCUUCAACUCGUUCUUCGCCAUCGGCUGGCUCGGUAUGACCUGGCUGUACCCGGCUGAGAUUGUGGGUUUGCGCAUGCGUGGUCCGGCGAAUGCUUUGUCGACUGCAUCCAACUGGAGCUUCAACUUCAUGGUCGUUAUGGUCACUGGGCCCUCUUUCCAGAAUAUUGAUUGGGGAACCUACAUCGUCUUCGCGGCCCUGAACGCCCUCAUCAUCCCCGUCGUCUACUUCUUCUUCCCCGAGACCUCGGGACGCAGUCUCGAAGACAUGGACGUCGUGUUCGCGCUCGCGUACAAGGAGGGCGUCUCGCCUGUCAAGGUCUCUCUGCGCGAUGAUGUGCCGCUGGCAGGAACGCCCGAGGCGGACGCCAUCCUUCGCGGGCUGUGAAGCGGGUCCGCCACGUCGGCGGCGGGCCUUGAGGUUGGGGAGUUAGGCCACUGCUUAGCUGGUGUUUUAUGCAUCUCAUGUACUACUAUACUCACGCGACGCGAUACGCACCGCAAUGACCACUGCUUCGGUAGUGACCCUUGUACCAUCUAGCAUUAUCAUCUACUUAUCCCACGGAAUGACACGUUCAUAUCAUUCA